AUGGUUCGGUAUAAAGCACGCCAAAGAAUUAGUGCAAAAGGAGCUCUAGCUCAUCCGUACUUCGACAGAGAAGGCCUAUUAGCUUUGUCCUUCAUGCAGAAUCUACGGCUCCAAUUCUUCCGAGCUACACAACAGGACUAUGGUGAAGCUGCUACAUGGAUUGUUCAGCUCAUGGCAAAAUCAGGAACAGAGCGUGAUGGAGGCUUCACUGAAGCACAGCUGCAGGACCUCAGGGAAAUUGAGCCUAAGAAAAAGUCAAGUGCGAAGAGGAAUGCCCUUGCAUCGGUUCUUCGGCUCCAAAGGAAGAUUAUUAGGACAAUAAAUGAGAGUGUUGAUGAACUUAACCAGCGCAGGAAGAGUUUGUGGUGGAGAAAAUGGAUCCCAAGAGAAGAAUGA